GAUGGUUUCGGGAAGGAAACAACAACGCUACCGAUUUUAUUGACACAACAGCUACAGCUUUGCAGGUAUAUUUUGACGGGAUUCAUUAGAAGAUAAAUAUGAAUUAUUUGUUGGUGUGGGUCGACAGACAAUAUAUAGGGAUAAGAGAUGUUUGUACACGUAGAAACCCUUGUUAACAUAUAGUAUAGUUAUAGGUAUAGUUAGAGGACCAUGCCAACAACGUCCACAUUAUAGACUAUUAUCAAGGAAGUUAUUACUUCAAAUAGGCAUUCAAAUCAAAGCAAUUGACUAGUUGUAUGGAUAGUCGUUAACACGAAGACCUAUAUUUAUAGUAUUAUGUGUGUGUUCAUCCCAGCCCCCAACAUGAAAUUAAUAUGUGUUGCGUUACACUGUUCUUUUCUUCCACUUUGCAGCACAUGCUAUUGGCCACGCCAUAUUAUGAGGGGAAGGGGGGGGGGGGUUAGGUCAACACCAGAAUAUUGUUGUCGUAUAAUGUAACUGCUGCACUUGCCAAGUCCAAACUUCCUGACAAGUUCCAAGGACGUGCAAAAUGGAGCUACGUUUUCCACAGCUAAAAUGAGAGGCUCAAAGUUGGGGUUCAGACAGGCCAAACCCGUGGCUGAACUUCCAGACGAUCUUAACAUGAUUGCAAGAAAGUACCGAGCGUACAAUUUUCCAUUUGAAAACCUUGUGUUGGAAGGAGGAGGGGCCAAGGGGAUUGCCUACAUAGGUGCUAUGAAGGUCCUAGAGGUUGCCGGGAUAAUGGAGAAUAUCAAAAGAUUUGCAGGAACCAGCGCAGGCGCAAUAACCUCCGGUCUGAUGGCGCUCGGUAUGACGUCAGAUGAGAUUUUGGAGGAGAUGAGAAAUGUGGACAUGGAGAGAACGCUGAUGGAGUCCCCACGGCGGUCACGUUGUGAACUUUAUCUUUGUUGGAAAUUGUUCACGGCUUUUGGUGGGAACCGAGGGGACAAGUUUUUCCGCUGGUACGGCGAGGUCAUUCAGAGGCAUCUUGACAAGCACCAUAAAGAUAAAGGACUGGACAGGAACAUCAAUCUAUCUCAGCUCCGUAACGUUUUCGGCAAAGAACUGUGUACCGUCACUUACAACCUGACAUUCGAUAUCGACAAAUACUGUCAUGCCAAGACCUCGCCACUCUGCAGUGUUCGUCAGGCGGUCAGGCAGUCCAUGUCCUUGCCAGUGGUGUACAUUCCCUUUAAGUUUGAAGAUGGGCCAGACCUGUACAUAGACGGUGGGGUGUGUGCCAACUUCCCUCUCUACUGCUAUGACGGAUGGUGGCUCUCCAUGGACGAGGAGGACAGCUUCCAGAGACGUUUGGAAGAAGAGGCAGACGACGUGAAAACAGCCAAUUGCUUCUACCUGCAGUGCACCGAGGCACGUUUCCAGCCUGAAAAUGUUUCUGAAGAGCAAAGGAAACAGCAAUUACAAAAGACUCUUGGAUUGAUGAUGUACUCUAAGACGUACAGGAGGGCUUACCAACACGUCUUCAGCGAACGACUUGAUGCCUUCAUGACGAUGACGGGAGAUGAAUUUAAGAAUAAAAGGCCAGAAACAAAAGUAAAAAAGAAGUACCAAAAGAUAGAGGAGAAAAGAAGCGAGAAGGAGAGGAAACGCAACGACAAAAUGCGAGAAGAGUUGGAUUCAAAGAGGCAAAGGCUGCAUGAGGUUCUGAAUGUACCAAGAAACAGAGAAGACAUGUUGAAAUGCUUCAAGGAUAAAUUUCCCAACAAAAAGGAGCUGAGAGAUUUCAGACACGAAGCCGACUCUUAUGAAGUGGUGUUCGACGACUUGUUUGCAGAGUACCCUGGCGGGCCGGUAACCGAUGAGACCAUCAAAAAUAUGUACAUCAACUGGGGGCCGUUCAGGAAGAAGCUGAUGGAGGUUGUACCUCAACGAAUCAUCGACACGCCAUUUGAACUGAGCUCUAAGUACGUGGAGCUGGUGGGGAGGAGCAAGCCAAUCAAGGAAGAGGACGUGGGUAGAUGUAUCGGCAUUGACGUGGACUAUGUGGGCACCUUUGAUUUCAACAUGGAGCCAGAGGACCAGACCUUCCUCAUGAGACAAGGAGCUCUGGCAACUUUGGCGUUCCUUGAAGAUUAUGUGAAGAGAUACAAUCUUCAGCCUUCUGACCAUACAACCGCAGAGCCGUCUCUGGUUCUCUCGGAAGCAUCCCUAUAGAUUAUAGUUUGGGUCAAGCGCCCAGUAAGUGGUACUGCGCAGUUAUUGCAGGUUCCUUAGCUAUUUAGGGACCUCCUAUAUAUAUCUGAACGUAGCCGGUUCUGAUAUCUGGGCAGUUAUCUAUGAAAGGGAAAGUCUGUGAUUGGGAAAAAGGAGUAUCUACUAGUCUGUGUUAAAGUUAAGUGGCUUAUAUGUGUUCAGAUGGCUGUGAAGUGGUUGGUGUGUGUGUGUUAGGCUGCUGAUACGUGUCGACCGGCAGGACCAAGAAGCCCUGUCUAGAUUUCUCUGUAAAACUGGGUAGUCUCCUGGUAUACAUAGUUGGGAUAUCUCUGGGGCCUCUGUAUAACAUGGGUGUAUUUUAGGUAACAGUACUCUGCACUUAAGGUUUGUUUUUGUGUGUUUAAUUGCAAUGAUAUCUAGAUAAAAAUCUCAGACAAUCUCAUAAAAAAUUCAUCAAGUUUAGUACCUGCUGAAAUGCAGUUGAC